CCUGCGCGCGGGGGGCGGGGAGCGGAAGUGAAGUAGUGGCCAUCUUUGGUGCCGACAGUAGCGGCGCCAGGGUUCGAUGCCGGCGGAGAAGAUGGCGGUGGACGGCCCCGAGCAGAUGGAGAUGGACGAUGGGAAGGGCGGCACGGGGCUGCGGCAGUACUACCUGUCCAAGAUCGAGGAGCUGCAGCUCAUAGUGAAUGAGAAGAGCCAGAAUCUGCGGCGCUUGCAAGCACAGAGGAAUGAGUUGAACGCUAAAGUGCGGCUGUUGCGGGAGGAGCUGCAGCUGCUGCAGGAGCAGGGCUCCUAUGUGGGCGAGGUGGUGAGAGCCAUGGACAAGAAGAAAGUGCUUGUGAAGGUGCAUCCAGAAGGCAAAUUCGUGGUGGAUGUUGACAAGAACAUUGACAUUAAUGAUGUGACCCCAAACUGCCGCGUGGCUCUGCGCAACGACAGCUACACGCUGCACAAGAUCCUGCCCAACAAAGUGGACCCUCUGGUGUCUCUGAUGAUGGUGGAGAAGGUCCCGGAUUCCACUUACGAGAUGAUCGGAGGGUUGGACAAACAGAUAAAGGAGAUCAAGGAAGUGAUUGAGCUGCCAGUCAAGCACCCGGAGCUCUUUGAGGCGCUGGGGAUCGCUCAGCCCAAGGGCGUGCUGCUCUAUGGACCCCCUGGCACUGGGAAGACCUUGCUGGCCAGAGCUGUGGCCCACCACACUGACUGCACCUUCAUCCGCGUGUCGGGCUCCGAGCUGGUGCAGAAAUUCAUCGGUGAAGGUGCCCGCAUGGUGCGGGAGCUGUUUGUGAUGGCCAGGGAACACGCUCCUUCCAUCAUCUUCAUGGAUGAGAUCGACUCCAUUGGCUCCUCCCGCCUGGAGGGUGGCUCUGGUGGGGACAGCGAGGUGCAGCGCACGAUGCUGGAGCUCCUCAAUCAGCUCGAUGGUUUUGAGGCCACCAAGAACAUCAAGGUGAUCAUGGCCACGAACCGGAUCGACAUCCUGGACUCAGCUCUGCUGCGCCCCGGCCGCAUCGACAGAAAGAUUGAGUUCCCCCCUCCCAAUGAGGAGGCCCGCCUGGAUAUCCUCAAAAUCCACUCUCGGAAAAUGAACCUGACACGUGGCAUCAACCUGAGGAAGAUCGCAGAGCUGAUGCCAGGGGCAUCGGGUGCAGAAGUGAAGGGGGUGUGCACAGAAGCUGGCAUGUACGCACUGAGGGAGAGGCGGGUGCACGUCACACAGGAGGACUUUGAAAUGGCUGUUGCCAAGGUGAUGCAGAAGGACAGUGAGAAGAACAUGUCUAUCAAGAAGCUGUGGAAGUAAGGGUGAGCUGGGGGGCUGUUUUGUCUCUAAUAAAGUGCUGCUGUGCCCAUGUCUGUGCAUUGAUUUGGGUACAGGGGCUGCAGCACUGGAAGGAAUCCCACCACACACAACUGCUGCUUAACUGGUUUUAUUAGAAAAUAAUCCAAAAUAGACAAAACGGUUACGCAAGAGGCAGAGCAGGCACCCCUGAGCCAAACACCCUGGGAAUAUAUAAACACCCCCCUCCCCAUCCUCCCACCCCCCCCCCCAACCUGUGACCGCCCCCCAGAGGAAGCCAGGCUGCCCUACAAGGAAAAUGGGGGCAUGGGGCCAGCAGGGUAAGGCACUUCAGUGGGGUCUGCUGGGUGGUGCACUGUCCCCUCGGCCCCAGUGCAGUGGCCCCACGCUCCAGCCCCUUGCCCCAAGCAUCUCCAGUUCUCAGAGCCCUAAGCAGGGGGGGCCCUGCUGCCCGCAGGCUCCUGGGGACAGAGCUGCCCCCCCAUACCUCGUAUCAAGCACAGGACAAGUCACUAGGUGUGUAAAGCAACAGCAGGGGGUGGAGUAAUCAACUGAUUGUCAAGAACUCAACGCUAAAAAACUCAGUUACAUACAAAAAGAACAGAUUGGGCAGAACGAGCCCGCUGAGAACACCAUGAAUCACUGCAUAGUUUGAGGUGAUGAGUGCAGUCAGAGGAACUGAAUAUAUUAAUCAAAUACAAACCCACUGUACAAAAUGCUUUUUUUCUUUCUUCUUUUUUUUCUUUUUUUUUUUUU